CUCCGGAGUUGUCGGAGUUCCCGAGUUGUGUCAAAAUGGCGCCGUCUCGCUAGUAUCGGUGUGUUGGCAGAAAUGCUUGUCGAUACUUCGUCCCUGUUCGACAAGAGGCACCUGAAAAAAUCGAAAAGCCCACGAAGAAGAUCCGUGGAAUAGAAUUGGUGAGAAUGGAUCAACAUCUAGCCACAAUGAAAAGUAACAGCGACAGAGUGAUUAUACCUUGCGAGUUCUGUCAGAAACCCGUGAAGAGCUACAACCUUGAAAACCACUUGACAAUCUGCGAAAAGGCUGACGUAAUCCGCCGCCGACGCCCAUCAGCGACUAUUGAACGGCAGCCCGAGGUUGCUCCAAAUGCGGAAGUCACCUUUCGGCUGCAGUCAGGCCCAUUGUGGGAUACCGUGAAGAUGUACGCUCGUGACAUAAACUUGGUGUCGCUCCACAGGAGGGCCUUCAACUUCCUCUGCACCAGGUCUCCGGAGCACGGUCUGAAUCGACUGAAUGAACGCCUGCUCUUGUUUCUGCACAACUACGAAAGCGGCAACGUCCUUCUACCUCUCACGGCGGCUUUCAAGAUAACGGAGGGCGCUGUGUUGGAGGUCGUCGUCUUAGCAAACCACACAGGCGGCGACGUGCAAACACUACCACACUCGCUAACGGUCCACAACUACAAGUUUCCUACGUUCUGCAACCUUUGUGGGUUUAUGCUUUUCGGGCUGUAUCGACAGGGACUAAAGUGCAGAUAUGAGCGUAACGAAACCCACAAGGCAGACCGGUCUUAAAACAAACCCAGGCACCUUCUUUUGGAAGCGGGCUCUCCAACGUCAUCAUUAGUCUCAUUUUCAUCUUGGGUCGUGUUGCUUCAGCGAUAUGGGCAGGUGGCUCUCUGAUGUUGGCGUAUGCUUCAAGGUGCUCGUCUUCAGGCAACAUGUGCAGUUGGCGGAACUGAGGCCAGAGAAAUGUGGCGGUCUUGCGGAGGAGGAAAAUUUUCAGCUUCGUGGCCAGGAAAUGAUGAGCACGGGCCUUCAUCUUCUCGAUUUCAACUUCGUCUACGGAAGACACCGGCGCAUGUUCAAGAUGUUUCUUCAACGCGGAAGCGUAACGCACGACUAAAGGAAGUGUUGGACUUUCUCCUCGAGCCCGUCGCUAGCAUCUUUGAAGGGUGGCAGGAACUCGAUUAACUUGUUGACUGUUGCCUUGUUCACGCUUUUCAUCACUGGAUUGUUUCCAGAUUCCAGACGACCCCUUCGAACUGGAAGCAGACAAACUUUAGCAUGGAUACCUUUGGAUUCCACCUGGUGGGGACUUUCUGACUGACAGUUUGCUUUAGCUGACUGGCUAGGCCACUUUGCUUUAAAGAAGUUUAAACGGCUUAGGUCGCCUGGACCGUUUCACUAACCAAACGAACCUCUUUGGCGACAAAGUCCGCGGCAAAUGUGUUCCGCAGAACAGUGUUCAGCACUUGUGUACUGCAAUAUAUUAUCUCAUAAGCCUGCAGUGCGCUCACAAAAUGUGCACUUUGAUGGGUUUCGAACGUUGUAUUUUUCAAAGCGGCCUCAUUCUCUCCCAGCUUCAUGAACCUCCGUAAUAGUUCCAAAAAGAAUAUUUUACUGAUCUAUAUAUACAAUGAGUUAUAUAUACAAGGAGUUAUAUAUACUAGCUACACUGAUGCAGUUUGUACAGGUCAGUUAUACGGCCAGGGGGACAUAGUAUAAGAGGGCUAUUAGUAGUAAACAAUCGGCUAAUAAGUAAAAUUUGUGAAUAAACUCUUUGGUUAGGGAAAAUAGAGUAAAGCCGGUCUCACACUGCUUAUACAUCAUACAAACGACAGUCUGCAAACAGAUUCGAACACAAGUCAGCGCAAGAUCCGUGCUUUGAAUGACGCAUGGCAAGGAGUUCAAAGAGAAACUUCGCACGCGGCGUUUGAACCACUGAUAUCGCAGUGACUGAUGUUUGCAGGCUGUAUUUUGUAUGAUGCAUAAGCAGUGUGUGAACCCGGCUAUUGGCGACGCGAGCGAUCGAAAGCGUCGCUGUGGUUGGCCCGCCACAAUUGGCCGAAUGCUGACUAUGACGUCAGCAAAGGAUGUC